AUGGCCAUCUUUCUUUUCCAGUACUUUGCCGUGUUCCUUUGCGCUGCGACAGCGAUAGCUUCUGCAGGCCGCCAAUAUCGUGGGGUUGCCAACCGUGGAGCAGGGGGUGACCGUGGAGGAAACUACGGCGGCUACGGUGGGGGAAACCGCGGAGGCUAUCGCCGAGUAUACAGCGGCGGAGAUGGUGGACGCAACCGUGGCGGAUACGAUGGAGGCAAUGGCGGUGGAUACGGUAGCGGCUACGGCAGGGGCUCCGGCGACGGAAACGGCGGUGAUAAUGGUGGUGGCGACGCAGGUGGAAACGACGGAGGUGAUGGUGGAGGAAAUAGCGGAGGUUACAGCGGAAGAUACGGUGACAGCAAUGAUGGAGCCAACGAUGGAGGCAACGGCGAAGGCUACCGGGGCGGAAACGCUUUAGGCUACGGAGGCGGCUAUGGCGGUGGCUAUGGUAGAGGCUACGGAGGCGGCUAUGGCGAUGGUUAUGGUAGAGGCUACGGAGGCGGCUAUGGCGGAGGCAACGGCGGAGGCAACGGCGGAGGCAACGGCGGAGGCUAUGGCAGAGGCUACAGCAGAAGCUACGGCGGAGGCUACGGUGGAGGCUAUGGUCCAGGGUAUUUUCCAUUCUACGAGGAUCGUGCUUGA